AUGAAUGUGCCAUGUAAUCAACAAUCAAAAACUCAUUGUCAAAAAUGUGGACGUCGUAAUCGAAAUCAAAAUCCAUACACAAAUAAUUGUCGAAUAAAAUAUGAACAACGUCAUUGUCGUCAUGGUCAUCGAUUAAAAUGUAAACGACAAUCACGUCAUUUUCCUACUGAAUUACCAUCAUGUUCCAUGAUUACUCAAACCGAUAAUCAACAUUCAAUAUCAAAGAAUAUUCUCAAUCGAAAUUCUUCAAGAAAAUCUAGUCAAACAAAUAUACUUAUUGAUCAAUUUAUUCAAGUACAACAAUUAAAUUCUACAAGAUGUAAUACACAAAGUCAUAGUUAUACUUAUGAUAUGGAUAAUGAUUAUAAAAAUGACGAUUAUCAGAUGUUUAUCGAUACUAAGAAUAAACAAAAUUUAUAUCAAUUAGAAUGUGUCCAACAAAUGAUAUAUCUCAGAGAAAAUAUUAAUAAUUUAACUUAUCGAGAAUUUCAUUUUCCGAAUGAAUAUAUUGUAUUAAAACGAUUAGAAGAAAAAAAUCAUCUUAUUAAUCAAAAUCGUUUUAAAGUUGAUCAUUAUUUUCGUUCAUUACAACUUCAAUAUCAAAUAAUGAGUAUCUUACUUCAAAAUACAACUAUUACCUCAUUCAAUUACUCUAAACAAGAUUCUGAUGAAGGCAAAUCAAUAGUUAAAACAUCAUUUAAACGAUAUUCACUUUCUGAAAAUCUUGAAUUCAAUCAAAAUACAUCAAAUGAUAUCGUACAUCAUUCAGCAUUAACAAAUGAUCGAUCUCUUGUUACUAUUAACGAAAUUAAUAAUACAAAUACAAAUGAAAGUUUAGUAAAACAAAAUGAUAAUUUAUCUCUUACUAAUCAAAAUGAUUCUCCAAUUUUUGUUACACCUUAUAAUGAAUAUAAACAAGAACAAUAUUCUCAAAAUGCAACUCGAUCAUAUUUAAAUACUAAUACUUUAACAGAACCUAAACAAGAAGAUUUUCAAUUCGAUACAGCUGUUAUUAUUGAUGUGACUAAAUGUCCACAAGUAACUAAAACAAAGACUAAUCUUACACAACAAACAUCAAUUCAAGACAAUUGGAAUCAUAUAACAUCAAAAUUUUAUAACAAAAAACAAAACAAUGAACACAUCACACGAACAACAUUAAGUAUGCCGAGUCUUCAAAAUAAUCAACAAGAAUCAUCUUCAAUCUAUAUUCCUAAUCAAACAAUUUAUUUUGAUCAAUAUCCAAAUUAUAUGAAUAGUUAUCAACCACAAACAACGUUUCUUCCAUGGUCAUACAAUUCAAAUUACACACAUCAACAACAAAUAUUGACAGAUUCUAUUUUUGAGAACCCAGUUUGCCAUGAAGCUCUUUCAUAUGAAACUAUUUGCUUUCCUCAAAACUCAAAUCCGUCAAAUGAACUACAGUACUUAUCAACUAAUCAUCUAUCUUCUAAUCAAAAUCCUACGAAUACGUCUUCAGCUAUUUAUGAAGCAUCUGAAAGUCACAAUUCACUAUCAUUUACCAACAGCGAAACUACAUCGAAUAUUUCAACAACAAAAACAACAAGUAAUAAAGAAAUUAAUCAAUCAAUACAAUAUACUCAAGCUAUUAAUAAAAUUAAACAAAUAUUAAAUACUCUACAAAAAAAUUUACUUCAUAAAUCAAUUUCUAAAAAUGAAAAUAUCAAUAAUAAAAUAAACGUAUAUUUGCCAUCAAAACAAAUAAAUCCACUUAAUAUUAAUCAAACAUCAAAUAAAAUUGAUAAAUCAAUAUCAACAACAAUAACAACUGAUUCAUUAAUAUCAAAUACAAGUAUUCAAACAACGUAUUCUGUUACAUCAACAUUACCAAUUAUAAAUAAGAAUAUAUUUCAAUUACCUUAUAGUCAAUCAACAAUUAAUCUCGAAAAUGAAAUUUCACAAAUGGAUUUAGAUUCUCUCAAUUUAAAUAAAAUAAAAUUUCUUAAUUCUGCAAAAAAUAUUAAUACGAAUCAACAAACAAGUGAUGAUGAUGAAAUGGAACAAAGUUUAAACAAUAGUCGAUCACGAUCAAAAAAAUCUUUAUCUCGUCGUGUUACUGUUAAAUAUAUGUCACCAUCAUUUAUGUUUGUCUUACAAAUAUUACUUAUUUUAUGUCUUAUUAAUCGAAUUAUAAUGUAUUCUUUUUUUGGCAUCCUAUCAAAUGAUACUUUAACAUCAAUUAUUAUUGAUAAUUCACCAUCUGCAACAUCGAUUUCAUCUUCAUUGGUUAGUAAAACCGAACAAACGACAUUAUCAACGACUCAUGAAAAACUUAAUAAUUUCUUAUUGUCACUUUUUAAAUUAGUUUAA